AUGAACAGCUGCAGAAUCUACGAGGAGGACACCAGAGCUCAUUACAAGGUUGUUAAUGAGCGGAAGACUAAGGGCCAACAUAGUCGCCCUAAGCCAUAUAGUGCCCCUGCUGAUAAGGGCAAACAGAGAAUGGUCGAGGAGAGACGGCCUAAGAAGAAGGAUGUUCCUGCUGAGAUUACCUAUUUCAAUUGUGGCGAGAAAGGCCACAAGAGCAAUGUUUGUCCUGAGGAGGUAAAGAAAUGUUUCCGGUGUGGCAAGAAGGGUCACACAUUAGCUGAAUGCAAGCAUGGUGAUAUCGCGUGUUUCAACUGCAAAGAAGAGGGUCAUAUUGGUUUCCGAUGCAAGCAGCCUAAGAGGGCGCCUACUACAGGUCGAUUUUUUGCUCUGGCUGUUUUUCCAGAUGAAAUUCCUGAUAUGCCUCCAUAG